UUGAAUCAUGUGUGAAGAAAAUUUCUGUGCAUAUCGAAUUCGAAUGGAUACAAAAAUAAAUUUUACUUAAAAGUUCCGGUACAGUAUUUACAAACGCUUAAUGCAGUCUGGAAGUUAAUGAAAUUUUAUUUAACGCUACUCGAACGUUUUGCAUCCAAAAUGUACACGUGUUCAUAGGUCACUGCAUGAGGCACGGCAAAAAGUAUGACUGACAAAUCUAGUUUAAUUACUGCACAAAUCGAGAAUACUAAUCACGACAUAUUGGAAACAGAAUUAGAACCAGCUGAAGAAGUAACAGAUGAUGAAUCUGUAGAAAAUUUUAAAACUUCGGAGAGUUCAAUUCCCCUUCAAUGUUCUAUAAAUAGUUAUGAUUCUAAUUCAACUGUUACACCGUUUAAUGGAAAUAGAACUAACUCUUUAAUGGAUACCAACGAAGAUUAUUCGACCAAAACAAUACAUGGUAACAAUGUUCUUGUUCCAAUUGUUGGAUACGAAGUCAUGGAGGAACGUGCCCGUUUUACGGUUUACAAAUUACGAGUUCAACACUCUGAAAAUGGCAGCUCAUGGAUUGUAUAUCGGCGGUACACAGACUUCGUAAGAUUAUCUAAUGCAAUAAAAAAUAUUCGUCCUGAUAUAGCAACAUUUUUACCACGGAAACGAUUUUUUGGAAAUAAUUUUGAUCCUGAAUUUUUGAAUAAUCGUGUACGUGGAUUACAACAAUUUAUAAAUGCUAUUUUGGCUGUUGAUGAGCUAUUAAAUGAUAGUCAUGUACAAGAAUUUUUAUGCUUGAACGAAUCCGCCUUGGACACGGAGAAAUUUGUUGAAGAUUCAAGGGCAAUGUUUGAUGCACUAUCGGAAACUAUCUACCAUUUGCGAAAUCAAUUAAAAGAGAAAGAUUUUAAGAUUGUUGAACUAAAUGAAAGGUUGUGCUCGAAAGAAUUAUUAUUAUCAAGCUGUUCUGAGUUUUUUAAAAAUUCAACAGUAGACUGUAAUAAUUGCAGUAGUGAAUUUAAUAAAAAUUCAAAUUUGAAAAGUUUGAUUGAAACUUCUCCAUCGAAUAGCUCAGAUUUAAAUGAAAAUAUUUGUGAUAGUUAUCGAUUAUAGGUGGCAUUUAUAAGGAUAAGUAUUAAC